AUGUCAGCGAGCGGCCCAGUGCCCUACUCGGUGCUCAACCUCUGCCGCGUCGGCUUCGCCGGUGCAGUCGCAGUUGCGAGCGCUCUAUACCACGUCCCCUUGGUGCACAGGACACUCUCGCCGUGGUUCAACGACACCCUUCCUCUGUGGAAGAUUCCCUCAGAUGUGGACGCCAAGGUCGCGAUCCAGCGCGCUCACAAGUGGAUGCCGCACACGAUUGUCUAUGUUCUCAUGGUUGGCCUGAACACUGUCGGCCUUGUACUGUGGGCCGUUGUGUUCGGCGACCGCCUCGCCAACGCUGUCAACAUGCACUCGGUUGGGUGUCGCGACGUCAUGCUCGCUGGGUUCACCGCUCUACUCUGGGGUGGUCUACUCAUGCGCGCGCUCGUUCGUCCGCCGGUCGUUCCCCCCUGGUCCGCGCUCGUCAUUUACAUCGUGUUCUGUGUUUCGGCCACCCUCGCCUUCCUCGACAUCGGGUAUGUGCGCAUCGUCUAUGGCUCCAAACCUGAGUGGGCGACGCCAGCAGAAAUCGUGCUUGAGGGAACCACUGGUGUCAUCUCGUUCAUCCUCGCUUUUGUUGCUGGCCUGCUGCGCUUCAACUCACCCGUCACGCUCGGCAGGGCGGAGCACGUUAGCUACGACGACCAGGUGUCGUUAUGGCAGUGGCUGACGUUCUCGUGGAUGAACCCCUUCAUCAUGAAGUGGUCAUCGACCCCCAUGAACGAGGAAGACCUCCCCACGCUCUCAGAGACCUUGUGCACGCGCCAGCUCUUCGAAUUGUUCAAGACUAUCCGCAAGAGCAAGCUCCUCUAUAAGAUCCUUGCGGCCAACCGCUUCGAUGUCUUCAUGGACUGCCUGUUCACUCUCACGUCUGUCAUCUUCAAUUAUCUAUCGCCCUUCUUCCUGAAGAAGAUUCUCGACGGCGUUACGUCGGGGUCGUCCAAAGACAUCACACAGGCCUACCUGUAUGCAUUCGCUGCCCUGCUGGCGAGCAUCCUCAAGGCCGUGUCGGACAUGAUCCACCUGUGGCACAGCCGCCGUGCCAACGUCCGCAUCCGUGCCCAGCUGAUCUCGGCAAUCUACCACAAGGCUCUUCUGCGCAAGGACACCGCGGGCGUUGUGGCACCUAAGGAGAAGGAAGAGGCGACAGGCAAGGACAAGGACAAGGACAAGGCGAAGGACGGCGGAAAGUCCAAGGGCGGCAAGAAGGACAAGAAGGAAGAGGAGAAGCCCGAGACGGCCGACACAGGCAAGGUGGUCAACCUCAUGUCGACCGACGCCAACAUGGUCGCUGGCGUCUUUGCCAUGGCGUACUACCUGUACUCGACCCCCAUUGAGAUCGUCGUCGCCUCCGUCUUCCUCUAUCAGAUUCUCGGCUGGUCUGCGUUUGCCGGCAUGGGGGUUCUUCUCGUUGCGACGCCUAUCAACUCGUAUCUCUCCAAGAGGGCUAUGCGCAUUCAGAAGGACCUCCUCAAGGCGAGAGACAAGCGGAUGACAGUCAUGAACGAGCUCAUCAGCGGCAUCAGCUUCAUCAAGUUUUUCGCGUGGACCGAGAAGUGGAAGCAGCGCGCACAGGACGCUCGUAACAACGAGCUCUCGCAGAUGAUCCGUUCCAUCAUCAACAGCAUGUUCUUCCAGUUAAUGUGGAUGCUCGUUCCCAUCUUCGUAACUCUCAGCGCUUUCUUCUGCUACAUCUACUUCGCUAAGAAGGACCUCACCAUCUCCGUUGCGUUCACGGCACUUACGCUCUUCAACAUGCUCCGCACUCCGCUCAACGCGGUGCCCAUGUUCAUUGUCUGGUUCCUGCAGGCUGGUGUAUCCGUGAAGCGUACGCAGGACUUCUUCGAGGAAGACGAGGUCCCCGAGUGGGUGUCGUCUCUCAAGGGCCAUGAUGACGGGUCCACCAAGGACACCAAGAUCGGGUUCAAGAAGGCGACGCUCAAGUGGAAUGCGGGCGCACAGGAUGAGGCGGACGCCAAGAACGGCACAGCUGAGCCGCCGCUUAUUGAGGUCACCGACACCGACGCCGACACCGACACUACGCAUGACGUCGAGAGCAUGGAAAACGCCGUAUUUGAGUUGUCUGACAUUACGAUCGACUUCCCUGUCGGCAAGAUGUCCGUCGUUUCCGGGCCAACCGGUGCGGGCAAGACGGCCAUCCUCGUCGGGCUCCUCGGCGAGAUGGACCUUGUCGAGGGCGAGUCGUUCCUUCCCAAGCAUCAGUCUCAGGUCGACCACUCAACGGGGCUGCGCAACUCGUGCGCGUACGCGGCUCAGACGCCCUGGCUUCAGCAGCAGUCGAUCAAGGAGAACAUCCUGUUCGGCGAGCCUCUCGACGAGAAGCGUUACGGGGCUGUCGUAGACGGUUGCGCUCUCCGCACCGAUUUUGACAUCCUCGAGGACGGUGACCAGACUGAGAUCGGUGCCAAGGGAGUUUCUCUCAGUGGUGGUCAGAAGGCUCGCGUGGCUCUCGCACGCGCUGCUUACUCGUACACCCAGCACGUCCUGCUUGACGAUCCACUUGCUGCUGUUGACUCGCACACUGCCAAGCACCUUGUUGACAAAUGUCUCAACGGACCGCUUUUCAAGGGUCGCACCAUUAUUCUCGUGUCACACCACCUUGAUCUACUCCUUCCAACGGCCGACUACCUUGUGCGCAUUCUCGACGGCCGUGUCGACUGCCAGGGUACGCCCAAGCAGCUGCAGGAAUCUGGCGAACUUGACGGCAUUGUUGCGAUCGAGGACGCCACUGCUGCGGCCGAAGAACUAGUUACUGCCGACAAACCAGAGGAGGAGGAGGCUAAAGACCUCGCCGAACAGGACGCCAAGAAGGAUGGACCCGCUCGAAAGCUCGUCAAGGACGAGGAACGUGCAGUUGGCAGUGUCAAGCUGAACACGUACCUGCUCUACUUCCGGGCCGCCACGUGGACGGCCUGGGCGCUCUUCUUUGCGAUUCUCAUUAUAUCGCAGGCAUUCGGGCUGCUCGACAAGCUGUGGCUCAAGUGGUGGGGCGAGCACUACGAGAGCAAGCUGUACUCGCUCUUCACGUUCGGUGCUCCCCAGUCGCUCGACCACGCCUUGCAGGUUUACCACAAUGCUGCACACCACAUGGUCCAUUCGUCAUCAUCAACCGCUGCAAACAGCACCGAAGGCCCUCUGUUUACCAUUCAGGCUUCGCCACCUUUCAACUUCCCUUCAGCUGAUGACCACCCUGGAUAUUACUUCGGCGGCUAUUCGAUCAUCAUGGUCGGCUCCGCGAUGCUUAUGGUCCUGACCAACGCCAUCGGCGCUUGGGGUUCGUACCGUGCCGCCAAGUCGUUGCACGAUCGCCUCCUUAACUCUGUCGUGCACGGCACUGUCAGGUUCUUCAACACCACGCCCGUCGGCCGCAUCAUUAACCGCUUCUCCAAGGACAUCGAAACUAUCGACAUGAGACUCAAUUCCAGCUCCAGGACUGUCAUUACGUUCACAGCGUCGCUGUUGUUCACGCUCGGUAUGAUCGCGUUCAUCAUCCCGGAGUUCAUUAUCGCGGCGGUGUUCAUCAGCGCUUUGUAUUACUACUACACCCUGCUCUACCUUCGCACCGGCCGCAGCCUCCGUCGUCUCGAGGCGACGACCCGCUCGCCAAUAUUCUCUGGGUUUGCUGAGCUCCUCGACGGCAUCAUCUCUGUCCGCGCCUUCUCAGCUGAGCGCCGCAUGUUCACAAAGCUGUGCGACCAGGUUGACCUGUCGAACUCGGCGUUCUACUACUACUGGAUGACCAACCGCUGGCUCCUCCUGCGCUUUGACUGUCUUGGAGCGGCCGCUGUCUUCAUCACCACUCUUCUGGCGCUCAGCCCCGCCGUUGGUGCUGGUUUCGCCGCUGUCGCGAUUACUAGCUCGCAGAGCUUCGUGAUGGCCUGUUACUGGCUCUCGCGUUUCUGGGGUGAGAUGGAGAUGGACUUCAAUUCGGUCGAGCGUGUUGAGGAGUACCUCAGGAUUUCCUCGGAGCCUGCUGGUGUCAUUCCCGACAGCCGUCCGCCACCGGGCUGGCCGUCGUACGACAAUCCAGACACGUUCAUCAGUGCGCAGGACCUCGAAAUCAAGUAUGCGCCUGAGCUGCCGACUGUCUUCAAGGGCUCGUUCGACAUCAAGGCGGGCGAGAAGAUCGGCCUCAUUGGGCGAACGGGUUCGGGCAAAUCUACGAUUGCCAUGAUGAUGCUGCGCUUCACUGACCCUGCGUCGGGCCAGCUCUUGAUUGACGGGGUGGACAUCACCUCGAUCGGUGUGGACGACUUGCGCUCCAAGAUCACGUAUAUCCCACAAGACGCUGUGCUGUUCUCCGGCACGAUCCGCGACAACCUUGACCCCUUCGGCGAGCACACAGACUCGGAGCUGCUCGAGACUCUGCAGCGUGUCAAGCUCAUUACUGGUCAAACGCCUGCAGGCAGCCGCAAGGGCUCCACUCGCAACCUCACUGCGCUGGCCGAAAUCGACGGCCCGCCUCACAACCGGCUCACUCAGCUUAUAGAGGAGGAGCGUGCCGGCGGCCGUAGGUCUGGUACUUCGUCUGGUCGGGCGUCUGGCGCUCAGACACCCACGUCGCGCGUCCACAUCACUCUCGGCACGGAUGUGUCGGCUGGCGGCGCCAACUUCUCUCAGGGCCAGCGUCAGCUCGUCGCCAUGGCACGCGCACUCCUACGCCGCUCGAACUUGAUCAUUAUGGACGAGGCAACCGCCUCAGUCGACUUUGAAACGGACGAGGCGCUCCAGAAUGCCAUCCGGACCGAGUUCAAGGACUCGACUCUGAUCACCAUUGCCCACCGCCUGUCGUCUGUCGUCGACUACGACCGUCUGCUCGUGCUGCGUGACGGCUCGGUUGCCGAGUUUGACACCCCAAUGAAUCUUCUCCGUCGUGACGACAGCAUCUUCAAGUCCAUGGCGCAGAGUUCGGGCAAGUAUAGAGACCUGUAUGCCACCGCCGAGCGCAAGGAGAAGGCAGACAGGGAGAAGGCUGGUGAGGACGUGAGCGACGCACAAGACUCGAGCGCCUCCUCGGCUCAAGGUGACGUGACGGUGGACGCGUAG